AUGCUGCUCCCUCUGCUGCUCCUGCCCUGGGCAUGGGGGGCCCUGGCCGCCUUCCCUCCGGUCCCCCCAGGGACUGUCACCCUCCGGGUGCUCCUCACCGCCCUGUUCCCGGACGCCAGCUCUGCGCACAUACAGGUGAAGGCCCUGCUGGGCGACCUGGAGACCCACUCCCUGAACUGCAGCACCUGCGAGAUCCGCUUCCUGCAGCCCUGGGCCCAGCAGGGCCUGACCCCGAAGCAGUGGCAGGACCUGGAGCUGCUGAUCCAUCGCUCCCUGUCCGACUUCGUCCUUACCGUGAACACAAUAGCCCAGCAGCAGGGAAAGGGCUACCCCUUUGUUACCCAGGGCUCCCUCGGCUGCGAGCUGCCCCCCAACGGCACCUCGAGGGGAUUCUAUGACACCGCGGGGAAUGGCGAGGACGUCGUGAGCUUCGACGUGGACGUGGGCACCUGGGUCGCUCGGUCGGAGGAUAAGCUGGCGCUCAACGCCCGGGACCUUCUCAACUGGGAUAAGAGCGCGUCCACCAGGCUUCAGUUUUUUUUUAGAAUAACUUGCAUCUAUCUGCUCAAUAUGUUUGUCCUGUACGGGAAAGAGUCUCUGGAGAGGCAAGAGCGGCCGGUCGCCGUGGUGUUUGCCCGAGCGCCUCCCCCAGCUGGGACCCCCGCGCCGGUACUGCUGGUUUGCCGGGUCACCGGUUUCUACCCCCGGCCCAUCCGUGUGGCCUGGCUGCAGGACGGGGAGGAGGUGGGGCCGGGCGGGCGGCUGAACUCCAGCGGGAUCCUGCCCAACGCGGACCUGACCUACCAGCUGCGCAGCUCCCUGGCCGUGGGGCCGGGCUCCGGGCACAGCUACGCCUGCCGGGUGCAGCACAGCAGCCUGCGGGGCCGGAGCCUGCUGAUCCCCUGGGAGCAGAGCAGGCUCUGGGGCCCCGGCCUGGCCAUGGGCAUCACCCUGGGGGUUGUGGCCGUAGCCGCCGUGGCCGUGGUGCUGUGGUGGACCAGACGCAGAGUCUACCAGGAUGUUAGACCAGGGGAGUCCAGGGCCUCAGGGGGCGGCCCCGGCCCAGGCAUGGGGAUCGGCCCCUCUCCUGGGGACAUGGCACUCAGGGCUGGGUCUGUGCCCGGCUCCAGAGCUCAGGGCACUGAGGGCAGGACUGGAUUGGGGCCCUGGGAGAUCGGGGCCCUGGGUGGGGGGUGGGAUUCUUCUCCCUCUGGGACAUUCAGGGGACGUUGGACACUUGGGGGCACCGUGGGAUUGCUGGGAUCCAGGAUCCAUGGGGACCCGGCGCUGGCCUGUGCCGUUCAAUAA